UGUCUGCCAGCCCGGGAACCCGGCCCAGGAACCCGGAGCAUCCUUGACGAGCGCGGAGGCAUCGUAGAUAAGCACCCGACAAAGGCACUGCUAUGACCUGCGGAACAAAGACUCUGCUAUAACCUACGGAACAAAGAAACCACUAUAACCACCUGACCUGCGACAGCAGAAAUCAGCAACGGCUGCUCCAGGAGCCGCCGUCCUGCGCCCACUCAUGUAGCGACACGGAAGACAUCAAAAUACCUCGCUUCCGACCCCAAAACGAAGCCCCUCUUUCUCUGAGCGUUACCCCCAGGUGACCGUCCUCGCCGGGGGCGCGGGGCUGCAUGAUGCCUGUUGUCUCUGAAGUGAGGCUUUGUCUGUCGUCAACUGGCCCCACUCCUGGGAGAGGUUUGAGGAAUGGCGCUGGUGGUAAUUGGAAUAUUUUGAAUUUUGUAUGUAGAUAGGUGGGUGUAGAAGUAAUUAAUCAUAAAUAUAUAUGUAUAUAUACUUGCUUUGCUGCUAGUAAUUUUGUAGCAACAUGUAAUAGACACUUGCUUUGCUAAUCAUAAUUAUAACUGACUUCUUAACAGUCAUCUCUAAUAAAGAAAUUCAUGGAAACAAAGCGCCGUGUCGGUGUGUACUCUGGGGUCCUCCGACCGUGGGUUGGGUGGUGACCGUGACCACGACGCCUCGCGCCAACCUUGGUCACGCAGCCUCCCCGGCUGCCCGCGGCAGGACCCCAGAUGUUAUCAGAUCCUCCCUAAUUUGGCUGCUCUUUUAUUGACUUCGCCAAAUAAAACAAACAUUUGGGCUCGCGGGAGCCGUUCCCGGUUUAUCAGUUUGCUGCUGCCGGCUCCGCGGGGACGGCAGAUGUGGCCUUGGUGAGAAGGCCCAGGGGUGCCCCCGCAGCACUAUAUAGGGGGGUUAGAGAUGCCCUCAGGGGCCGAGGCUCCUCUGCAUCCACUCGCCAUGAAGAUCCUCCUGCUCUUCGCCGCCCUGGCGGCAGCUGCCCGCAGCGAGCAGCUUUUUGUGGGGGACCAGGUCCUCCGUGUCAUGGCCAGCGAGGAGGAGCAGAUCACCCUGCUCAGGGGGCUGGGCGAGCGGGCGGAGCUGCAGGUUGACUUUUGGCGUCACCCCACCCGACCCGGCCACCCAGCCGACCUGCGGGUGCCCUUCCACAGCCUCCAAGCAGUCAAAAUCUUCCUGGAGUCCAAUAGAAUCUCCUACAGCAUCAUGAUCGAGGACGUGCAGGAAUUAUUGGAUGAGGAAAAGAAAAACAUGAUGAAGUCUAGGAGGAUGGAGAGAAGCACCAGCACGUUUGAUUUUGCCUCCUACCACACGCUAGAUGAGAUCUACAACUGGAUGGACACGCUGGUGGACGAUCAUCCCAGCCUCGUUAGCAAGAUCCAGAUCGGGCAAAGCUACGAGAACAGGCCCCUCUAUGUGCUGAAGUUCAGCACCGGGGGGUCGAAGCGGCCGGCCAUCUGGCUGGACACGGGCAUCCACUCGCGGGAAUGGAUCACCCAAGCCACCGGCAUCUGGACGGCCAACAAGAUCGCCACGGAGUACGGCCGGGACCCCUCCAUCACCGCCAUCCUGGACAGCAUGGACAUCUUCUUUGAGAUUGUCACCAACCCCGACGGCUUCGCCUUCACCCACAGCUCCAACCGCAUGUGGCGCAAGACGAGGUCCAUCAACGCCGGCUCCUCCUGCGUCGGCGUGGACCCCAACCGGAACUGGGACGCUGGAUUCGGAGGCUCUGGCUCCAGCAGCAAUCCCUGCUCCGAGACCUACCACGGCCCGUACGCCCACUCCGAGAGAGAAGUAAAAGCCAUCGUGGACUUCAUCCGCGGCCACGGGAAUGUCAAAUCGGUCAUCUCCAUCCACAGCUACUCCCAGAUGCUCAUGUUCCCCUACGGCUACAAGACAGCACCUGCACCUGACCACCAGGAACUGGUGAGAUGGCCCCAAAACAUAGACAUGGGGCUGUGA